GUGUCGAGUUCUCUUACCGCCCAGACAUCAAAUCCAGCAUUAAAAUCUAAACACAAAAUGGCCCUCACCGAGCAAUUCAAUGCCGCCGCCGAGAAGGUGAAGUCUCUGACUAAGCGUCCCAGCGAUGAUGAGUUCCUCGAGCUGUACGGUCUCUUCAAGCAGGCCACCGUCGGCGAUAAUGAGACCAGCAAGCCCGGCAUGCUCGAUCUGAAGGGCAAGGCCAAGUGGGAGGCAUGGAACAAGCAGAAGGGCAAGGCCACCGACGAGGCACAGAAGGAGUACGUCGCCUUUGUUGAGGGUCUCGUUGCCAAGUAUGCCUAAAUUCGCGCUGCGCUCAUAUUCAAAGUAAACUAAAUUGAUUUUAAACAAAAAAUACCAGAGAGACUAAAGCUAUUUAUAUACAUAAAUACAUAUGUAGUAGAAAGUAGGGCCAACCAAAAAAAAAUAAAAACAAAAUAUCUUCCUAAUGUCUAAUAAAAUUUGAUUGUAAUCUUUUGUAAGCUGAA